AUGAAUUCUAUACUAAGACCAAAAGAUUCUCUAUCGUUUAAUAUAAAAAUAUUACGAUUUUUUGGAGAAUGGUCUCCAGAUAAAGUUAACCAUUCGUUUACGAAAAGGUUCUUGUAUUUAGUAUGGUCAUGCAUAAUACUAACUAUGUCACAUCUUAGUUAUUAUCCUGGCGAGUUUUUAAAUAUUGUAUAUAACUGGAAUCACAUGGAAGAAGUAAGUGGAACAUGUUUAUUUCUUUUCACUCGUAUUGCAUGCGGUUUUAAAAUUAUUGCAUUUGUAUUUAAUCGUAAAAAAGUUGUUACACUAAUGAAUAUAUUAGAAUCAAAACAAUUUCAACCAAUCAAUACAGAACAAAAAAUAAUUUUGAAACGCAUGAUGACAGAAAUUAAAUUCAUCUCAACUGUAUUUGUUACAAUGGGAGUCCUAACUGUAAUACUUCGAGCAAUAUUUCCUGAGAUUGAUAGCACAACAAGAGGUCAACGAAUUUUGCCUCUAAAUCAUUGGGAACCAAUGAACACAACACAAACACCAUACUUUCAAAUUUCGUAUUUAUACCAAAUACUCAUAUAUUUAUCGACGGCCACAAAUAAUAUUGCAAUGGAUACUUUUAUUUCUGGAAUGAUGGCACAUGGUGUAGUCCAAAUUGAAAUGUUGCAGAAUUCACUUGAAACUAUCAUGGAUAGAACUUUAAAUGUAAGCAAAAAAGAGAACGAGAAAAAUGAAAUUUCAAUUGAUAAGAGAGGAACAAAGUUAGAUAUAAAUAAAGUCUUUUUUAAUCUAUCAAGCACUGAAAAAGAAAGUUUCAAUAAAAGACUGGACAACAAUUUACGAAAAUGUAUUUCACAUCAUGAGCAAAUACUCAGGUUUACCAAAGGAGUUGAAUCAUUAUUCAAUUUGGGAAUCUUUGUUCAAAUUGCCGCAAGUGUUAUUGUGAUUUGUAUGACCACUUUUCAGAUCAGUCUAAUGUCAACAUCCAGUCUGCAGUUUCAAUCGACUUCAUUAUAUUUAACUUGCAUUUUAAUAGAAAUAUUUCUAUUUUGUUGGUAUGGUGAGGGCUUAAUCGUAAACAGUUUGGAAUUACCAAAUUCUUUGUAUAUGUCAAAGUGGUAUAAAUUUGAACUAGAAAAAUCAUACAAGAAAAAAAUGAUUCUAUUUAUGAUGAGAACAUUAAAGCCAAUUACAUUUAAACCAGGAUCUUUUUUUAUUUUAUCUGUGCAAAUGUUUACAUCGAUAUUAAGAUCUUCAUACACGUAUUAUGCCGUAUUAAAGCAGGUUCAUAACGAAGAGUAA